AAUGACUAGUAUUAGACUAAAUAUAAUUUAAGAAUAAAAAAAUUCUAAGACUCCAUCAAGCCAAAAGGCUUACUGUCAGAAAAACAACUCUCUAUGUUGAAAACAUGGCGGAAGCAAUGAAAGCAACUGUGGCUUCGAUGCUCAAAGGCAUAGACAGGUACAACCCGGAAAAUCUCGCAACUUUGGAAAAGUAUAUUGAAAUCCAAGCUAUAGAGAAUGCUUAUGACUUAGAAGCUAAUUUAGCAGUGUUAAAACUGUACCAGUUUAACCCUGUUCGAUAUAGGCUUCCUAUUGUGCAACUAAUACUUUACAAAGCACUUACGAAUUUGCCGCAUACCGAUUUUGUUCUAUGUAAAUGCCUGAUUGAGCAACAGAAUUUAGAGAAAGAUGAUAUUCAAAAAAUCGUGUUUCUGCACAAUCUUCUUGAAACAUGCCAGUUUAAACAGUUUUGGGAUGUAAUCCAGUCUAAUAGCUUAGGACCAAUUAAUAUCACUGGUUUUGAAGAUUCUAUAAGGAAAUUUAUCUGCCAUGUUGUGAACAUAACGUAUCAGCAUAUAGUAAAGGAUCAUUUAUCGACAUUUUUAGGUGGUCUACCAGAUAAUGAACUGCAGUUGUGGAUGAAUAAAUAUGGCUGGAAAGAAGUUGGAAAUAACCUGAUUUUGAUUAAUAAUCAAGAAGAAAAUAUCAAAACGAAGAAUAUUACAGAAAAAAUUGAUUUUGAUAGUGUUGCUGCUAUUAUGUCAUUGACAAGGUAACUGUGAAGUCUGAGAAUUUCAUUUCUGUAUACGGUGUCAUGAAAUAAAUUAUAUUCAGAUUUUCA